UGCUUAUUCUGCAAUUCGCAUAUUUAUUUCUGAUUAAAAUGAAAGAAACUAUUUAAUAUUACAUGAUUCAUAAAUAUAUAACAAAUAAUAAAUAUUCCAAAAAUUGGAUACCAUAUAAAAAUCACAGUAUAUCGGUUAUGUCUACCGUGAUAAAUAAACUAGCUUAAGAAAAACAAAUACUCGUGUACUGUUUUCUAAUGCGGCGCGCUUUUUGCGUGUUUACUGUGCUUUUCCAAGAACAAAAGUUACCUGUGCUGGGCAUGGCUAAAUUAGUGAGUGAUUUUAAGGAAUGGAAGUUCCAGAGUCCACCAAACUAUGCGGAGUUACCGAUAGACGAAAAUCCAGAGUAUAAUGUUCCGGUAGCCGUGAAAAAUGCUGUUUUUUCCAAGGUACCAACAGAACCUCUCACAGGCAAGCUCCAUCUUGUGUGUGCGUCCGAUGAGGCUCUUUCAGAUAUAUUCGAUUUGGACCCUAAGGUAUCAGAGUCAGAGGAUUUUAUAAACUUUGUAGCCGGAAUAUAUGCACCUGAAGGAACUUUGAGUGUUUCGCACAGAUAUGGUGGUUAUCAAUUUGGCUUUUGGGCUGAUCAGUUAGGAGAUGGAAGAGCCCAUAUUUUGGGUGAAUAUGUGAACAGUAAAGGAGAGUCUUGGCAGCCUCAACUUAAAGGCUCCGGUGAAACACCAUACUCACGGUUCGGUGACGGACGCGCCGUCCUUCGCUCUUCCAUCAGGGAGAUGGUGGCCAGCGAGGCCUGCUACUACCUUGGCAUACCAACCACCAGGGCAGGGGCGCUAGUUGUUUCAGAUGAUCACAAGGUGUGGAGGGACAAGACGUACAGCGGUAUGUCGCGACAGGAGCGCGCUGCAGUCGUGCUGCGCGUCGCACCGGCCUGGUAUCGGAUCGGUUCCUUCGAGAUAUUGCAAAAACGGAACGAACCCAAAUUGGCGAAGACAUUGGCCGAUUUCAUAAUUAAGCAUCAUUUCCCUAACAUUGAUUUAAACAAUGAAGACAGAUACGUCGAGUUGUACUCUGAAGUAGCUCACAGAAACUUGGACAUGGUCGCUACAUGGCAAGGUAUAGGCUUCGUUCACGGUGUCCUAAACACAGAUAACAUAAGCCUACUCGGACUGACCAUAGACUACGGGCCAUAUGGUUUCAUAGACCACUACUACGAGCACUACGUCCCCAACUCGUCGGAUGACAUGGGGCGAUAUGCGUUUAACAGACAGCCGGAGAUAAUACUUUGGAACCUGGAGAAGUUAGCCGUAGCGUUGGAACCGAUAUUGACAGAAAGUAACAAAGAGAAGAUUAAGGAUGUUUUCAAAACUCUCGAUAGAUACCUCAAGGAUAGGAUCUUAAAAACCUACCUAGCGAAACUCGGCUUAGAAACAAUUCAAGAUGGCGACGUGUCGCUCGUGAAAGGGCUCCUGCAACUGAUGCAGGAGACGAGCGCCGACUUCACUUGCACAUUCCGACAAUUAGCCGAGAUAGAUAAAGAGGAGUUACUCAAUAAGGAUAUUUUAGACAAGAAAUGGUCGUUAGCUAAAAUAAGGAAAGCUGGAGGGUGGCAGAAAUGGGUGGAGACAUAUAGAGCAAGAUUGCUAAAGGCAAAUGUUGGCAAUGAAGAACGACGAACGCGGAUGUUGAAAGUGAAUCCCCUCUACGUUCCCAGGAACUGGAUACUGCAGGAGGCCAUCGCUGAUGCUGAGAAAAAUGAUUUCUACAAGGUGAGAUUGCUGUUGAAAAUAUUCAGAAAACCGUAUGAAAUAAACGAGGAGGCGGAAAAAUUAGGAUACUCUGCCCAACCACCGAGCUGGUCUUUUGGUUUAAAACUAAGUUGUUCCAGUUGAAGAAUCAUUGUAUAACAGCACCUUGUAAAUAAUUUAUAGUAUUUAAGUAAACAAAUACACGUGAUAUUGUCCUUCAAGGUCAGAGAAAGAUCACAUAAAAGAGGGGAUGGGAGGUAUUUGUCACUAGGACAAAUUGUAUAAGAAUGGACUGAAUAUGUGACUAUAGAUAUGUAAAAAAAUAUAUUUAAACUUGUUUCAAUUUGAUGCCUUCUAUUUUGUUUUUUUAAAGGUUUUUUUAGGUUAUUUGAGAGGAGAAAUAAUUUCACAAAUUAUAGCCUAGCUACCUAAGGGCCGGGAUGACCAGAGACCUGUAUCCUAUUCCAACCGAAAGACUUGUUACGAUAAAUAAACAAUUAACGUCAUUUCGUCGAGAUCAUGAAUAAUUUAUGAUAUUCAUAAUUGAUUUAAUUAAAUGGGUUUGAAGUCGGCAGGUGCUAUCAGAAUUCUGGAAGCAACCUUAAGAUUGAUAUAAGAGUUAAGUCGAAGUGGACUUUUAUAAAUAGAUUAAUCAAGAACUCUUGGUAGUGUAUAAUAUAGCCGAGCUAUUAGCAAAUCGCUUGGAAUAUGUAAAUCUAUGGUGUGUUUAUCUACUCUUGCGAUUGGACAAGAAAAGAAUACCAAGAUUUAUCACACGGGAAGACUUCGAUCUUAUAUUUUGGAGAUUUUAAAGGAAUAUCUUAAACAAGUCUAUAAACAAAUAAAAAUUGUCAGUUCGUAAUUAAGUUAGCUUUAUGAGUUUCUCUUUAAUAGUGACAGUCAAACUAUAAACCUGUUUUACUUAAGUAUAGUAUGUUGAGGCAAGGUUGCCAAUGUGGUACGAUUGGCGAUCUUGCCCGAACUCAUCCUAUAACAGUUUGUUGUGAAAUGAUUAUUUAAACGGUUAAUUAUUUUUAAGGAAAAU